AUGAUGCAGCAGAUCCUCCAGGACAUGGUGAUUGAGCCGGACCUGCUGGCCGAGCUCAACGAAGAGCAAAAGCAGAUUCUCUUCUACAAGAUCCGGCAGGAGCAGGUCCGGCGCUGGAACGAGCGGGAGAGCCAGGACUCCAGCCCACCCGACCGUAUGGAGAAAAGUGGUGGGCGGGGGAUCCAGUGGCUGCUGGGAGAGGAUGGGGAGGUGUGGGUGUGGGUGAUGGGGGAGGCGCCGGGGGAUCGGCCCUUUGAGGAGAUUGUGGAGGAGCUGAUGGCAGAGAGAGCCAGGAGGCAAGCUCAGCAGGAGGCGCAAGAGCUGUGGCGGGUGAAAGAGGCGGAAAUCGAGCAGAAGUUCCGUGAUGCCAUGGCGAAGGAGAAAGCUCGCUUUGUAGCGGGAAAAUGGAGGGAGGAAACAGAGGACAGGAAAGCAGCCAAACAGGAAGAGGAUCGCAUCAGGGAGGAGCUAAAGAAAUGUGAGGAGGAGGAGAGGCAGCGUGGAGAGGAGGAGAUCCGCCGGACAGAGGAGAGGAGAGCAAAGGAGCUGUACAUCUCCCUACGGCAGGAGGAGAAGAGGAGCGAGAGGGAGGACAAGGAGUGGCAGGAACAGUUGCGGCGCUCCAAAGCAGCGGAUGAGGAGAUGAAGAGCAAGGCGAGGCGAGCGCGGGACGAGUACAAACGCCAGUCUCUGCGCGCCAUCGAGAAGGGGCUGGUGGCGGGUCUCAGCGGCCUCUUCCAGAAGACGCACCUGAACGGGGCGGGACAGCACCGCAGACACAGCGCCCUGAUCGAGCCGUCUGCCACGUCCUCUGCCGCACCCCCGGUCACCCCUGCUUGGGUGAGACCCCCCCGCCCAAACUGCCGUGAGUCCAUCCUGCGCUGGUUCCGAGAGGAGCAGAGGCCCAGGAGAGCCGGCUUUGAGAGAAACAGCAACAACAUCGCCCCCUGGUUCCACGGAAUAAUCUCGCGGCAGGAGUCUGAGGCCCUGCUGAUGAACGCUGUGGAAGGCUGCUUCUUGGUGAGGGUGAGCGAGAGGAUUUGGGGGUACACCCUGUCCUACCGCACAGCCAGCGGCUUCAAGCACUUCCUCAUCGACGCCUCGGGAGACUACUACAGCUUCUUGGGCGUCGACCAGAGCCGGCACGCCACACUGGCCGACCUCAUCGACUUCCACAGGGAGGAGGUGAUCACCACUUCAGGAGGAGAGCUCCUGCAGGAGUCCUGUAAACACAGAGGCUCCUCAGACUACGGGGGACUGUUUCAGUGACCCCUCUCCAAACCGACUGUUACCCCACACACCCUCACCCUGACCCCACCCCAUUUCCUUGCACACUUUCACUCUAACCCUGUACCUAAUUAAUUCACACACCCAUCCAAUAGACUGCCUCCCUCUACACCACUCCUCUCAAAUACACUGACCCCCCUCUUCACCAGUCUCACUCAGACAUUUUAAACCAUACACCCUUUGCUCCCCAGCAUUGCUUCCUGGUUCAUUAGCGGCUAUUCUUAUUUAUGGCAUAAGUGUCAUAUUGCAGCCAAUACAUUAAAAUCAGUUCAUCACAUUUGAUAUGUGUGAUAUUUUUGCCUUUUUAAUAUUAUUUACUUAAAAUGCAAUUAAGCGGA